AGAAAUUUGAAAUCUAUCGAUGAAGUUUGAUGUAGCUUACUAUGAAAUUCUUAAAAAUAAAAUACUAAUAAGAGUAGCAGUGAAACCUAGGGUAUGCUCAGGAAGAUGCUAAUUUUUUUCGCAAACUCUCAAUGCAAAAAUUCUUUUCUUAAAAGUCUAUCAUUUAAGUAUGCUAUUAUCCUCCAUGAGUUUCAUCUAGGCCCCAUAAUCAAUAAUCGAAAUUUUACAUACUAAAAAAUCUCUCCGCCGCCUAUACUACCGAGAGCUCAUACAUACUGCACGUCUGUUUUCUUCUUUAAUAUAUGAUCUAAGAUGUUUAACUUUUCAUUCAAAAAUAGACAUACAAAUACUUGAUAUUGUGUAUACAGAUAGAUAGCCCUAUACAGCUUCAUACUUCUAUUUUGCACAUGUUAUUAUACUCUAUGUAGCCUUCGGUUUUAUAACUUUGCAUGCCUUGAAAACCUAUGGUUACCCCCAUAUUAUAGCUCUUCAUGUCCUAUAGAUAUAACAUACAAUAGCCCUUGAGAACCUUUCUCUUAUAGUCUUAUUUGACCUUUAACUUUUGAUUCAGCACAGAUAGACACAAAACAUUAUAUAAAUAAAUUGGACUUUAUACGUAAAAAACAAAAAUCAUUUGUUUUUAUCUCGUCUAACAGAUAAAAUAUAAGUUUUUAUUAUUGUUUCCAUUAAAAUUUUAGAUUGACUGAAUGUGGUUUAUACAAAGGUAGUUAUCGUACAAUAUGUGCUAUACGUUGGACGUCACCUGAAGCUAUAUUUGAUUCAGAAUAUACAUCACGUUCAGAUGUUUGGAGUUAUGGUAUAACUCUUUGGGAAAUAUAUUCAUUAGGUGAACGACCAUUUGCUACUAUGAAUAAUAAUGCUAUUAAAAAUAUUUUAAAAAAUCCAUUAUUAAAUCUUUAUUUUUAUCUUCCACAAUCACAUAAAUAUAUGUCUAACGAAAUAUAUAAUCAAAUUAUUCGACCUUGUUUAACAUAUAAUGUUACAUUGAGACCACGUUUUCGUGAUUUAAUAGAACGUGUUCAAAAUAUUUUUCAUGAUCGUAUUAAAUAA